AUGGUUGAAAUGGAGCUUCCAGGCUCUAUAGUUGGUGUUAGUCUUUCACCGAUUAAGAUUUUAGAAACAGCUAAUCAAUCAUUGCUAAAGUCAAAGGAGGUUCAUGAUUCAGUUGCUUCUGUUCCUCUUGACAAGGUCCAAAAGAAGUCAAAGAGUGAUAAAGGGAAGAAUUGGAGCAGAAUUGGACAUCAAAGUUGCCGAAACAAGUCAAGUUCGCGCAUGAGGAAGCUGAACACGACCGUGUUGGUUUUAACACUGGUCGUGUUCCUAACACGUUCUGAAGAGCAAGCCGUGUUCCCAAAACGGGCACCAAAACGGGCCGUGUUGGGUGCAUUUGACAACAGAAAAAAGAAGCGUUAAGGAGCACGACCACAGAGAGUAAUACGGCCAUCAGCACAGGGCCGUGUUCCCAACACGCCCACCAAUACCAGGCCGUGUUCCCAACACGGUCAUCAACACGGCCAUGUUCGCGACAGCUGGACGAAUUAAUUAAAAGAAAGAAAAAAGGGAAACGCGAAAAAAGGGGGGUAAGGACGUCUCAAACUCUUUUCUUUUCUCUCUCUAAGGGUUUUCUGAGGUGGAAUUAAGAAAAAAGGAGACUUGGACCAAGGUUUCAAUUGGAUUCUCUUUGAAGAUUGAAGAUUGGGCGAGGUUCGUUGAUUGGUUUCAAUUCGAGCAAGAGGAACAAGAAUCGAUUCAAGAUUGGGCAAGAGGAAUUGGAGUUGUUUACUCUUAUCCAAGAGUGUAUUCGGGCUUCUCUACCUUUACUCAUUGUUGUAAUUAAAUUCUUGUGGGUUUUGAUAAUGAACAUGAUUAGCUGAACUUGUUAACCCAUUGGGGUUCUUUAUCUAGGAAUUUUUGUACUUAACUUUUGAA